CUGACGCGUCAGCUCAAAAGACACUGAAUAUGGCGGCGAGCGUGCGCAACACCGCCAUCAAGCGCAUCCAGGGCGUGCGUGCAUCUCCACCGUUCCGAUCUCCUAAUAAACGUCAUACUCACUCUCUUCUGUAGGAUGUGCGUGAGAUGAUGACCAACCCAAGCGACCAGUACGCAGCGGCGCCGCUCGAGACUAACAUGUUCGACUGGCACUUCACGCUGCGGGGGCCACGCGACACGGAAUUCGAGGGCGGCAUCUACCACGGCCGCAUCAUCCUGCCGUCUGACUACCCGUUCAAGCCACCGAACAUCAUGCUUCUCACACCCAAUGGCCGCUUCGAAGUGAAGAAGAAAAUCUGUCUGAGUAUCUCGGCGUACCAUCCGGAGGAGUGGCAACCUGCGUGGGGCGUCCGACUGAUUUUGGAGGCUCUGAUCAGCUUCAUGCCCACUAAGGGCGAGGGCGCUAUUGGCGCAUUGGACUUUCCUGCUGAAGAGCGCAGGAGACUCGCCAAACUGAGUGUGGACUACAAAUGUGAAACUUGUGGACGAGUAGCGGACUUACUACCGGAAUUGGAAUCAGAGAAUGAGGAAGAAACGGAGAAGAAACCUUCCAAAUAUGCAGAGCAGAUCGCUCAACUGCACAUGCACAGCUUGGAGAGUGCCACAAAGAACAAACAAGAGACUGAGAGCGUCUCCAGUGACGUUAAUGAAGACAGCAAACAAGAGGCUAGCGCUGCUACGGGAGCAGAAGCAGCUCAAGAGGAGGAAUCGACUGAAAGCAAACAUAUGAAGACAGAAACUGCAACAGAAGUCUCUGAGUCUGCUACUUCCACUCCACCUACAGUCACAGAUGCAUCGCCUACUGAGGAGGCAGUAGAAACCACACCGGAAGUGAUCGACCAUCAUGUGGAUACACCAAUUGCUGCUCCUAAUAUUGCUCAAGUGCGCGAGUCAGACAGCGUGGAUACUUUCCUCCACUAUUUGACUGUUGCCAUCGUUGUGGCGUUAUUCGCGCUGAUCUACAAGAAGCUGCUACAGAUGCACGGAAUACUGCAAUAAACAGAGGAAGCGUGUUGCAAUCUCUUGCAUGAUGCUAUUUGCAAGCUCCGGGUGAACUCGACCGCCACACUGUUUCAUCACUUGACCGAUAAAGAACCCGAAGAGCUGAGUCUUUCCCUUCCAGUAUGCGUCCAGGUUCUUCUUCGAUUUCUACAGUCCAUCACAAAACGUUAGCCCACAAGUAAAUCACAUCAUUACACUACUAGACAGCGUACGGGGUCAUCGAGAACAGCUCGACAGAGUGCGCGGAUCUCUUGCGGGUCCUGAAUCUGCUUCCACCCCUUCUCCUCCACAAUCUGCAGUGGUGUCUUCUUCGCCUCAUUCUCGUAAAACAUCAACUCCAGUACAUCCUUGGCGAUCUUACCGGAGAUCGUCCCGUCCUGAAUGAGAUCAAUCAAUGCACCAAGCUCCGUAGCUGCAACGGGAGAGCUGGCAAUGUCGCCGUUCACUGCCUUCAAGUGUCCGAACAGAUCGUUAAGCACCCAGUUCACAACCACCUUCGACGGUCGAGAGUUUUCAGCUGCGAUCGUCUCGAAGUAGUUCGCAGCACCAGGCUCGUUCACCAGCACUGAACUCUCGUACGAGGUGAGGUCGUACUGCGCACAAAGGCGAUUUUUCAGUGCAUCAGGGAGUUCAGGCAUCUUCUCGCUAAUCUCGUGUAUCAAUUUCUGCGAGAAAACAAGAGGAGGCAGGUCAGGCUCUGGGAAGAAGCGAUAGUCCUUUGCCCCCUCCUUGGACCGCAUGCGUUUAGUUUCUCCCGUGACGGCAUCGAACGAGCGCGUCUCGCGGUGCACUUGGCCGCCUUCUUGUUCAAUCAGUGCGAUUUGUCUCCUGGCUUCGUAUUCCGCUGCUCGCAUCAUGUUGCGGAUGCUGUUCAUGUUCUUCACCUCCACUCGCUCGCCGAAAGGAGCAGUAGUGCUCGACGUCAGUGCGUGGUGGAGAGUAUCCACAUCGGCUUCUUCUCCUAGGUUCGUUGGUCGCACACUCACGUUCAAGUCGCAGCGCAUGGAACCUUCCUCCAUGUUUCCAUCGCAUACGUCCAAGUGACGCAGUAAAUGCUGCAGCUGACGCAUGACUUGACCUGCUUCAACGGGACUUCGAAGAUCCGGCUCCAUCACAAUUUCCAACAGCGCAGUACCGGCACGGUUUAAAUCCACUACUGUACUGUCGUCUUCUAAGUCGUGGUUGCUCUUGCCUGCAAUUUACACGCAAUAUUAGCUCUCAAACAUCACCAUUAGAAAAACGCUAAAAGUACCUGAGUCCUGCUCAAUCUGAAUCCGCGCAAUGCGUACACUCCUCGAGAUCACGUCCUACAAACCAGCAGCCAUUGUCAAUUAAUUUCCACUAGUCUGUGCAUUGUAUCUU